AUGGCUCGCGUCCCCUCGCCCUUCCUCCACCUCGGCUCCCAGACGACGGCCAACUCGCUGGCCAUCAUCCACCUCUCGCGCGACCGCCUGCAGCCGCUGUACCUCGAGGAGAUCGAUGGCGAGCACGAUGGCUACGCCGAGGGCGCCGUGCUGAACACACGCUUUGGCUCCUUCCCCCACUCCACCUUCAUCAAUGUGCCCUGGGGCUCGCAGGUCCGCGCCUCCGAGGUCGACACGGGCUCUCGCGGCAGGAAGCCACAGAAGAAGCGGAAACGCGACGACGCUGCCGCCCCCGUGGAUGAGACCGCCGCUGGAACGGGCGGCGACGUAGUCACUGAAGUCAACGGCGGCGGAAAGGGUGCCAAGAAGGCCGUGGCCGCAUCCAGCGGCUUCGUGCACAUCCUCGCGCCGAGCCCGGAGCUAUGGACCUCGAGCCUGCCGCACCGGACCCAGGUCGUCUACACCCCCGACUACAGCUACAUCCUGCAGAGGAUCCGCGCGCGGCCCGGCAGCAGGUUGAUCGAAGCCGGCGCCGGCAGCGGCAGCUUCACGCACGCAUCGGCGAGGGCCGUCUACAACGGUGUCGGCGGCGGGCCAGCCGACAACCCUAACACGGGCAGAGGGCAGGUCUUUAGCUUUGAAUUCAACGAGCCGCGGUACAAAAAGAUGUGCACAGAGGUUGCGGCCCACAAGCUGGGCCGCAUAGUUCGUGUAACGCACCGCGACGUUUACAAUGACGGGUUUCUGGUGGACGGGAAGAGCCCCGGUGCCGACGCUGUCUUUCUCGACCUGCCCAAGCCCUGGGAGGCCCUCCCACACCUGUCGCGGCGGAGAUAUAAGUCGGCAGCCACGCCUAACCAGGAUGAGGGCGACUCGAUGGAUGCUGCGCAAAAAGCCGUUGACGAGACCUUUGUCUCGCCACUCAACCCCAACAAGAGCACUCAUCUGUGCACCUUCUCACCUUGCAUCGAGCAGGUUUCCAGGACGGUGUCGAUGAUGCGCCAGCUAGGCUGGAUGGACAUCGAAACGGUCGAAAUAGCCAACAAGCGGAUCCACGUCAUGCGCGAGAAGGUCGGGCUCACCGUUGCCACCGACAAGGGCAUGGCACAAGCGCCCGUCGACGUCUCGGAGGCGGUCGAGCGCCUGCGGAGGAUAGAAGAGCGAGUGCGGGAGCAUCAGAAGGCGAUCCAUGACCCGGAUGUGGACGACGUCGAGGAGCAUCUCAAGGAGAACUUUGACGACGACGCCGCUGUCGAGAGCAACAAGCUCCCGCCCUUCAUGCAGGGGAGGCUUGUAACCCGGCCAGAGUCGGAGAUGCGGUCGCACACGUCAUAUCUCACGUUUGCCGUCCUGCCCCGAGAGUGGACGGCCGAGGACGAGGCGGCGGCGCUGGCGAGCUGGCCGUGCGGCCAGGAGAAGCAGGUGAUUGGGAGCCUCGACAAGGCCGCGCGCAAGCAGCAAAAACGCGAGAUGCUCGAGUCCAAGAAGGGAAAGAAGAAGGGCAAGACGAACGGUGGCGGUGGGAAGGAGGCCGCUGCCGCUGUGGGAGAGGACACGGUCAUGGGCGAUGCCACCGCAACCCCCGAGUAUGGCGCACAACAUGCGAAAAGGGAUCUAGAAAAGGACGAGGUAACAGAACAGGGUGCCACCCCAAAGCGCCCUAAGCAAGACUGA